AUGCAUUCCAGGACUGUGAAAUGCAAUGAUAGCUCAAUCGUUAUCAAAACUCUGGCCAACUUGGGCAUUGGAUUCGAUUGCGCCUCGAAGGGAGAAAUCGCAAAAGUCAUGAGCUUCGGUGUGGCUCCACAAUCGAUUAUCUUUGCGAAUCCAACUAAACCAAUAUCGCAUAUUAAAUAUGCUGCUGAAAUGAGUGUUAGCGUUAUGACGGUUGACAGUCAUUUUGAAUUACACAAAAUAAAAGAACACUAUCCAGAUGCAAAUUUGGUUGUACGGAUUCGUUAUGAUGCAAAAAUUGCACAGUUGAUAUUGGGUAAUAAAUUUGGUUGCGAUCCAGACACAGGAGCAAAGGAGAUCAUUAAAUUGGCAAAAUCACUGGGGUUGAAUAUGAUUGGAGUAAGUUUUCACGUUGGCUGUGUUUGCAUGGAUCCUCCAGUUUAUGAAAAAGCAAUUUAUGCGUCACGUCAGUUAUUCGAUUUUGCUAAAAGUAUUGGAUACAAAUUCACACUUUUGGAUAUCGGUGGUGGGUUUACUGGAAACAAAGGAACCAACAUUAAUGAGAUUGCGUCGAUUGUGAAUCAAAGUAUCGAUUUGCAUUUUCCAUCGCCAGAUGUAACCAUUAUCGCUGAACCGGGACAGUUUUACGUAGCAUCUGCUUAUACACUUGCUUGUAAAGUUCAUUCAAAGCGUGAAAUCAAGAAAAACGGCAAUUUUGAGUCGGUAAUGUAUUUUAUCAAUGACGGCGUAUUCGGUUCUUUUCUUAUCAAUGAAUAUGAACAUAAAAGCGCGCAUCCGAUGACUUUUAAAUCGACGAACGAAGAAAUAUUCAAAUCCUCUGUUUGGGGUCCAACAUUGGAUUCAACUGAUCGGAUUUGUGAAAAGGUUUUCUUGCCACGAUUAAACAUUGGCGAUUUCAUGGUAUUCGAAAAUAUGGGAGCAUAUAGCAUUUCACUUGCAGGCACGUUUAAUGGUUUUCCGCUGCCAAAAGUCGAAUAUUAUAUUCAACACAAACAUCUGCAUUUGAUUGAUGCAAAGGAUGCAUUUUAUUGCAAAGCAGAAACUCAUCGCAAAUAUUUGGAACAUCAACAAAUUACACGGAAUGAAUCAAAUCUAACGAAGAGAUGAAACGAUUAAAUGAAAAAUCGAUAUAAUUUCGAGGAAAUUGUUAUUUAAUGUUGCUUUUCA